AGCCGGACGGUGUUUGAACGCGCUCGGUCCGUCCCGGUAAGCUGUCCGUCAGCAGCAGCGGCCACGAGCAGCGACUCUUCCCUCAUUAACGUGAAUUCACGUCAUCAAAUCAUUUUGUUCACGUGCACGUCCGCAGGUGAGCAGCGCAGCUCAGGAUGGAUCUGUCCUCUCUGCUCCAUCAGCUCACCCUCCCUCCUUCAUCAUCAUCAUCAUCAUCAUCAUCAUCAUCAUCAUCAUCAUCACCGCCGGAGAAGCCCCGCCCCCCACAGCUCCCUCCUCCAAUCACAGAGGUCCUGGCUCGGCUGCAGGAGAAGCUGAUUGGUGCAGAGGAUGAAAAAGCCUCGGACGUUCUGAUUGGCCAGGCGGAGCAGCUGUUCCGCACGGCCGAUCCCGAUUGGCUGUUCCGUCCGGACCCGGCCAAUCAGGCGGCGCUCGUCGCCGUGGCCUCCGCUCUGAUUGGCCGCGCCGCUCUGCCGCUCUGCGAGCCGGACGCCCCGCCCCCCGCCUCCGGCUACCGGGACGUCCCGGAGCGAGCGCGCCCGGUGUGCUCGGCGCUCGCCGCCCUGCUGGUCAGACUGGGACGGUGUCAGAGCGAGGCUGGGGGCGGGGCCUCGCGCUCCCUGCUGCACGCUGUGGCCCCGCCCUGCUUCGUGUUCGCUGUCACUCACCUGCAGGUGGCGCCGUGGACGAGCCCGGCCUCCAGACAGGCUGCAGCCGGCCUGCAGGGGGCGCUGCUGAGGGCGGGGCGCUGGAGAGACCCCGCCCACUUCCUGAUGGGGGAUGAAGAGGAGGGGGAGGGGACGAGCAGAGGCAUGCUGGGAGGCGUCCUGGACGUCCUGCAGCCCCAACUCAACAAGGACACGUGGCAGCGCUCUGAGGCGGUGAAGUUUGUGUUCUCAUCGACGCUCCUGCAGGUGAGCCGCCCCGCCCUCUCCCCCCACCUGCCCCGCCUCCUCCCCCCCGCCCUCCUGCUCUCAGACCACUACAGACCGGAGAACUGCAUGCUGGGAGUUCGCUGUGUGCACCACAUAGUGCUCAACACGCCUGCAGCAGAGCUCCGUCAGUACAACAGAGCAGAGGUUCUGUACCAGGCCCUGUACAAACACCUGUACACCACUGAGGCCUCCGUCAUACAGCUCGUCCUGUCCUGUCUGCUGGACCUGCUGCUGGUUUUGGAGAAGCCCCCCGCCUCGCUCGCCCCCGCCCGCCCCCCCAGGAAGCCCUGUCGCCAUGACGACGUGCUGCGGCUGCUCCUGACCCACAUGGAGGCGGAGAGCAAGGUGGCGCUGCGGCGCGUCUACGCCACCGCCCUGCCGCUCUACAUAGACAGGAUGGGCGUGGCCGUGUGCAGACACCUGAGGCGGGUGGAGCGAGUGCUGCUGGGAUACCUGGAGGUCGGAGACCCUCCGGACGAGACGAGCCGAUUGGCCGCUCUGACGGCGCUGCAGAGAACUGUGGAGGUCGCCUGGCCCAGGAUGGCCGGCCGGGUGUGUGUGUUGCUGCGCUGUCUGCUGCGGCUGCUGCUCGACGUUUCCUCCGACUGCGAGCCGACGGCUGCAGCCCGACAGCAGCUGAUGGAGCAGAGCCGAGUGUGUGUCGCCCUGCUGGACCGCUGCGCUCACACACAGCUGCAGUCUCUCUUGCAGCAGGUGGACAGCAGCUGCGUCAGCCCCGACGUGCUCAGCUGCUUGGCGACAGUAACCAUGGAGACACCGAGGUGACGCCGCACACCUGGAACCUCACACACACACACACACACACACACACUGCCACUCUGAUGUUGCCAUGGUGACCAGGACCACAGACGGACGGGUCGGAGGGGUUGUGCCUGUGACAUCACAGCGUCCCGGCGACUCAGGACGCCGUUUAAAGUGACUCAGCAAAAUGGCUGCUGCUCGUCUUCAUGACCGUGUUGUGAACGAUUUAAAAAAUCUCCAUGGCAACGAGCCGUUCAGUCUCAAACAAGAUAAAAACAAAAAUCUGCCGGUGCAGGUUCACAUGUUCCAGGUUUGUGUUGUUGCUGUUUGUUUUCCUGUUUUUCUGUUUUGGUCAAUAAAAAGCUGCUGCACGUGGUUCACCUCA